ACCCGGGCUGGAGUGCUGCUGAAUUUCCAGCUCAGCUGCGUGUCUGUGAUCAAAGUGGAUAAAGGCAGACAGAUAGCAAGCAGCCGCCAGAAGACAGGCUAUGCCUAGGGUGGUUUGACUGUCGCUAUUUUGGAUGUAAUGCCUUGCACUCUUUCUUCCAUGCACCAGCUGGCAGCCAGUACUAGACAGACUCGUCUAAAAGAUUAACGCCAAGCAGCCGGUGUGGAGCGUGGGGAGUGUUGACUUCACGCGCCGGGGAGACUCCGGGCUGGAGCCACGUUGCUACGCUACAGUUCUCCUCUCUCUCCUCCUCCAUAUCUGCUUCAGCCGACUGUCAGGAAGCAUCCGCGAAGGCGCCGUGAAGCCCCCAGUGUGUGAGGCGGUGGACCAGCCAUCACGGGGGAAGGGGAGGGCUGACGAUCUCUGCCUCUUCCCCUGGACUCCUGCAGCUCUCCUCCUCCAUCACCCCCCCUCCACCAGAGCUCCAGCUCCACCAACACAGCACCGCCCCCUCCGCCACGUGUGUGUUGUUUUAGAAUCUCUUGUGGGGCCUCCGCUACACCUGCUGGGACAGCAGCAGAGUAGGGGGACCGGGGACCAUGUCCUUUCCCUCGGCCAAUGAGUUCCACUGGCAGAGCCUCGCCGGCCUGGCCAGCAGCCGGGUGUACCACACCGUGGCCGAGGUCGGGGGCCAGAUGUACAUGCUGGGGGGCUGCGACGCAGCCGGGAGACCCUGUGCCACCGUGGACCUCUACUCCCCAGAGGGCGACCGAUGGAUCAGCCUGGCUGCCAUGCCGACCCCUCGGGCCGGGGCCGCCGUGGCCGUCCUGGGGAAGCAGAUCCUGGUGGUGGGGGGGGUGGGCGAGGACCAGAGCCCUGUGAAGGCGGUGGAGGUGUACAACACGGAGGAGGGCAGGUGGAGGAAGAGGAGCUCUCUGCGCGAGGCUCUGAUGGGCGUGGCCAUCACUGUGAAAGACGGGCGGGCCCUGGCCAUAGGGGGGAUGGGGGGGGAUCUCCUCCCCAGAGCCAUCCUGCAGCAGUACGACCUUAGGAAGGACGUGUGGGCCCAGCUGCCCCCCAUGGCCUCUCCCCGCUACGACGCCAACAUACACCUGCUGGCCAACAAGCUCUAUGUGGCCGGCGGCCGUCAAUGCAAGCGUCCCAUCAAGGCCUUCGAGGUCUACGACACGGAGACGCGCUCCUGGACUACAUUACCCACCAUGCCUUGCAAGCGCUCGUACUGUGGCGUGCUGUGGGACGGUGCCGGCCGGCUGUGCCUGCUGGGGGGGCUGCGCCAGGGCGGCGGCCACCAGAGCUCCAAGUUCACCAAGAACGUCAACAUCUUUGACACCAGCCACGGGGCGUGGCUUAAAUCAGAGGACACCUUGCCGAUGAAGACGAAGAGGGCAGACUUCGCAGCGGCGUUCCUGCGCGGCAGGAUGGUCGUGGCGGGGGGGCUGGGUCAUGAGCCAUCGGCAUUGGGCACAGUGGAGGCGUUCCACCCCCAGAAGAAGAAAUGGGAGCGACUGGCUCCCAUGUCGGUUCCCCGCUGCUCCGCCUCCUCCCUGGUCAUCAGAGACCGCCUCCUGGUGGUGGGAGGAGUCAACCAGGUUCCCAGCAAUGCCCAUGAGAUCCUCUAUGUGAAAGAGGAAGAGUACCUGUAGUCCCCUAAGUACGACUAUGUUCUGUCUAUCCUCACUCCCAGAGCCAUUCCAUGGGCUUUUGUGAUGCAUAUUUCCCAUAAUGCAUUAGGGUUGAUUUACUUUAGGUAUUGAUAAGGUAGAUGGUUUACUAUAUAGGGCCUACCUAAGUAUAUCAAGUUACAGGAAAUGUUUAGGUCGAAGGUUAGAGAUGAUUAGGUGUUAGAGAGGGAUAAUCGCUUGCACCCAAUAGCUCGAGCUCCUGAAUCCUACACUCUUGCGAUGGAGGAGCGAUGGUUACAGAUGGAUUGGAAGAUGGGGUUUUACCUAAUAGGUCCAUGGUCAAGGACAAUACUGCCCCCUGGUGGAGCUGGAGGACAAUUACAUUAAGAGAAGACGCGCAAAUACACACACACGCGCGCGCGUAAACUCUCUCACACACACACACACACACACACACACACACACACACACACACACACACACACACACACACACACACACACACACACACACACACACACACACACACACACACACACACACACGGAUUGAGUAGCUGGCUCUUUUUUAAGAAGUAUUGUUUCGCUCUGCUAGCCUCUACACUCAACAACGUGCACUAAUAAGGUACGAAUGACAACAAGGUUAUUUAGUUUUAUUUGCGGAAGCAUUUUCUGCUGUGGAGGCUCUAGAGGACGACUUCUACGUUAGUGUGUGUUGAUGCUGGCAGCUCCAAGACCCUCCCGGGGGUUGGAGUGUUUUGUAGAGCAGCGCAUCGCAAGAGCAUGGCAUUUUAACACAAAUACAAUUUUUUAGUUUUAAGAACACAAGAGCACACUUAAGUGUACAUUUGCACGAUAGAGAAUAGCACCCUCUGGCUGUGGUUCCCUGAACGGCUACUAUUUUGAAAUGUCAACACAUGAGGCCUCAUCGAUGUGUUGUCGUUCAACAAUUCUCUAUGUUUUAUACAUCUGAUCUUUUCAUCGAGCACAUCUAAGGGUUGGACUGCUUACUCACAGCAAAAUGUGUUUCUAUAGUGUAACCUGUUCUUUGUUGAUGUUUCCAUAAACUACAGCAAUAUACCUUUUUUAUUUUCAGCUUUAUAAAACAAAUGACAUUGUGUACUAAUUCUACACAUUGUCAGAUGACAAUCUCAGUUUAUUGGUUCAGUAUUGUAGCCUAUUGAAAGUCAAUGGAAGUUAGUCAAAUGUAGUCCUAUAAUGUAUAUUUUUUAAUGAUUACUGUUCAAAAUCAUUUUCUCUUCUUAGCUGAUUCUCCUUAGUCCUCAUUGGGUUUUUGCCUCAUUGUUGUCAUCUUGUUGGUUGUUUCACAUUGCACCGUGGAAGUGAACACUUUUGAUGCCAAUGAAAAAUGCUAAGCCAAGCACUGUGAGUGUCUAACUCGAGGCUAUGAGGGGAAGGCACUUGCGCACAUGCAAGGGAUUUGUAUUUCGUGUUCUGGGCUGAAAAUUGAUGUGUAUUCCUAUACAUUCCUGAGAAAAUGUAAUGUUCAGGAAUAAUUGUAGGACUUGUAUUCUCCCUUCUAACCACUAAGUGUCACCAAAUACCUAAGGAUGGCCAUCAAGGAACCCACCCCAUCAUGCUGUUAAAGUUAGUUUUCUAGAACAGGACUGCAACUUGUUACAGUUUUAUAGAAUAGAGCCGUAACUUGUUGAAUAUAAUAUAAAGUAACUUGUGCCCUACCCAGUAUGCAGUAUAUAUAAAUGACUAUUUAUAUACUAUUGUUCUAUUAACAAUGCUAAGAGGUACCCCAUAUUAGAGGUGCCACUUCUGUGGUCUUGCCUGUAACUAGUAUCCUCUUUAAAGCCAUGUGAAGCCAGGAUCAUAUCUAGUAGCCAUUAUGAAUCCUCUCGUGAUUUAAGUAGACACCUUGGCAAUCCGGUUGUGUGCUGUGCUGUACAUUAUGCGCCUAAGAGCCAAGGUGGGGGUCAAUGCUGAUGGCGAACAAAGGCUGUUUAUUUUAUUAUAAACACAAAGGAUGCAACAAGCUCGCUUGAUUUAAUUGCAAGGUGUAUCUCAUUGGUUUCAGACGUUCUACCGUUGGUUGCGUUGAGGUGAGGCAGAUUGGGUUUUGAACACCUCCCCUGUACCCUGUGUAUGUGGGCUGCGUGGUGUUUCCACACGUGGGGAGGCCUCCCAACCACUAGAGCAAUAAGGCACGACGACCUGGGGCACAGGUCCUGGGUGGAGGGGGGUCGGGAGAAAUACAUACACUGAUGAAUUUAGGUUUUUCUUGUACGUAUCACAGAUGCUAUAAGAAUACUGUAUUGAAACACAAAACACAAAACAUGUUUAAUGUCUUAAUCCUCUAGGAAAUGUGUGGAGUGCAACCAACCCAGAUUCACUUUCAUUAAACAUUGUGAUACAGCAAUAUCGUUACACUGAUUCAUAACUUGGAGAGACACAGAGGGCGAUCAAUAGAUGAAUAUAAUAAAAAUGGGGUUUGAAUGGAGCAGCUGAAUCUUAAUUGUAACUUCAUGAUGGAUCAUUGAGCUUACUAGCAUGUUUCACUGAUGUGAUUAUUUGUGCAACAGAAAAAUCCUUGUAUAUUAAUAUUUUUUCUUCAAUACAGAACAAAGACAUCCUUGUUUGUAAACGGUGGAUUUGGGCAAAGAUACUUCUUAAAAAUAAACAUUUUGAAGCCUAUACAAA